UAAGCGAGUCAACGUUAUAUAUGUAAUCUGCUUUUGUUUAAAUUCUGUUAAAAACCGCGCGAAGCCGCCGCCGCCGUUUUCGUGGCCUGGCGCCGACAAUUGCGUUCGGGGUUGCGGGCUGCGCGAACCGCUUCUUUUAACCGGCGCCGAGGCUGCUCGUGAAACGGAAAAAAGAUUAUUUGUCGGGCCGAGUACGGAAUAUUAGGGCUCAUUGUGAACAAUCGCGUUUCAUCAGUAAAAAUCAAGGCUUAACUGCGUCUAAUAAGGAUCAAUUCACGAAUAGUUGCCGCCGUAAUAGCGGCGCGCGCUCGCCUGCCGGAACGGGCGUAAGUGGCGGGCGGAACGGAGUGUUUUGGCGGUAGGCGGCGGGCAGGUAGCCAGGUAGGCAGGCAGCCAGGUAGGCGCUAAUUGGACGACACCUGCGGCACCUGCACCAUGGAGGGCGGGCCCUUCGACGACAACCUCUUCUCCGACUUCGGCGGCUGCGUGUCGGGCUCCAGCACGCUGCUCAGCGCGAGGGCGCACGCCGAGUCCCGCGGCAAUGUCCACUCCAUUCAGGUGAUGCUGGGUCUCCAGCACUCGGACAUUCUGCUGGGCAAGAUGGACGGCGGCGCCGGCGCCGGCUCGGGGAACGGUGAUGGACCUUAGGUACAGAAGAGGCUGGAACAGCACAUUACGUCCACAUGAACUGUAUCGAACGCCUUGCGGAAGUCAAGAAACACGGCAUCUACCUCCAUGGAGACUCCUACCCAGACGCCGACGACGACGUCCAAGAAGUCAGAGUCGAAGAGCAAAAAGAGUGACAAUAACGGAGUGAAGAAGAAGAAAACGAGGACGACGUUUACGGCGUACCAGCUGGAGGAGCUGGAGCGCGCGUUCGAACGGGCGCCGUACCCCGACGUGUUCGCGCGCGAGGAGCUGGCGCUCAAGCUGAGUCUCAGCGAGUCGCGCGUCCAGGUGUGGUUCCAGAACCGGCGCGCCAAGUGGCGCAAGCGGGAGCCGCCGCGCAAGACCGGCUACCUCGCCACCGGAGGCUCGGCGAGCGCGUCACUGUCGUCGUUCGGCUCGCUGAACAGCUCGCUUGGCCCGUUCUCCGGAGGCGGCGUGGGCGUCGGCGUGGGCGUGUCGGCGCCGGGCGACUCGUGGGCCGCCUACUCGCCGGCGGCGUACGAGCUGUCGCCGCACCUCAACCUGCUCAACGCGCCCUACUCCAGCUCGCCCUUCGGCGCGCCCUCCGCAGGGCCCUACUCGUACGCCUCCAUGCUGCAGCCGCAGCACGACGCCUCGCUCUUCCGGUCGCAGCACCAGCUGGACGAGUCGGGCGCGGUGCUGGGCCAGCACCAGGACUACGAUGACAGCCCGGGGGUGGCGCUGCGCCACCAGGACUACGUGGGCGGCGGCGGGGGCGGCAGCCCGCGGCACGGCGACUACGACGGCUGCGGCUCGCCCGGCGCUGGCAACGGCAACGGCAGCGUGCUGCGCCAGCACCACGACUACGGCGCGCCGCCCCCGCCGCCCCCGGGGGCCGGCUCUCCUGCCUCCGUGCGCCAGCAUCACGACUACGUCACAGCCACUGGCGGCGCGUCGCCGCUGCGCGCGCACCACGAGUACGGCGGCGGCUCGCCCGGCGGGCUGCGCCACCAGCAGCCGCAGCACCACGAGUACGCCGACGGCGGCAGCCCGAUGCGCGAGUACCAGACCAUGGUGGCCGCGCCGCACCACCACAUGACCAUCGACGGCGCCAAGGGCAUCGACUACAUCGACGUGGAGGACAUGAGCCCGCAGAAGUACCAGGAGGAGCUGCUGGCCCACGAGAAGCGCGCCGCCGACGCGGGCUACAUCCUCACCGCCGCCCCCGCCAACGGCAACGGCGGCGGCAACGGGGGGCCCGCCGGCCGCAAGGACGGCGUCUCCGUCAAGACGGAGCAGACCUACGUCACGCUGCCGCCCUUCCUCGGAUGACUCCGGGCUAACAUCAGUGCUGGCCACUCCAUAGAGGACAUCGUCUUCGUGUAGGGAACGGUAGCGACCGGCCUGGGAAGCGCCGGCAAACACACGACAGCUAACUACGAGCCUGCCCAACGUUGCGUACAGUACAUUCUGCUUUGAGAGCUAUGUAGUCGUAUCGAGAGCCAAAGGCUAAUUUAAGCACAUUAAUGGUACUAGGAACAAGCGAACCGACAAUACCGCAACUGCAAAUGAUCACAAUUUAUUGCUUGAUAACUCAUAAAGUAAGUGCAGUAUCGCUGGUUACACAAAAGGCGAGCCCUUCACAAGCGUUAAAAUUUUUCUCACGGUGUGUUACAGUAAGCAGAUCAGUCUGCAAAGGCCGACGAACAGAAGGCUGGAUAGAUCGAUGAAAUCCAGGUUCCAUUCCUUCUUAUAAUUUACGUCUUCUUUUCCUAUGGUGCCGACUUAAUCAAUCAGUUUACGCCGCUAUCACAAACAGUACUUGAUGAGCCCUGAUAUCGUGUUGUCUGAGGGGAAACGAACAUGCUAUUGCAUGCAGGACUAAUUACGUUACCAUACAUACUUCUACAACACAACGAUAAGACGAACAUCCAAGCAUUUUAAAUACAGCCUUGAGGAUCUUAAUAUUUUGCCAGGCAUUAGUAAUUUUCUACGCCUGGUGUCAAUUGUUCUAUGAUGGUUUGAUAACGGUUACUGUAGCCAAGCAGUGUGGCUUUAUCGCAGCUGUAAGCACACUUGACCUUCUGGAGUCUGUGUUGCGAUCGCUCCAUUCUCUUCGCCGCUUUUCACGAAGAUUUCUAUCCAGAUAGCGCCCUCAGUUAAGAUUUUAGUAAUAAUUCUGAUUCCUUACACCAUCUCUAUAUUUUCCCCCGUCGGGCCUGGUGAUCUAGUCGUGCAGCGUAUGCCCAGCUUUUACAUCUCAAUGAUGUGAGGAUUCGCCAGGAAAGACACAUGGCUCGUAUUCGACGUUACACCGUAGGUCCUCUUUCCCCGGAAGGGCUACUGUGAACACACAAGUCGCUGAAAUGGUGUCCAAUUGAAAAAUUUGCAUCAGGCCGUUGAGCCACAUGAAAUUAUUUCUUUAGGUUCUCCAGUGCUUUUAACAAUAUUAACUGCUGAUACUGUGGUGAAUCUCUGUGAUAGCAGGAAAUUUAUUACGAACGGCCUUCGUGGGAAAGAUGGCACGUCACCUUGAUUCCAAUUAACCAAUGUUUCCGUAUUAUGUUCAUCAGUAAUAUAACAUGCACCUUCUUCUCCACUCUUCUGGCGAGUAAAUAAUAACGCUGGAAAAGACAAAAGCGGACAGGUCUGAAGGUGCAGCAAAUAAGUGAAGUUGCUAUUGCAAUGAGGCCAUUCCCCUACUCACCCUUGAGAUUUUCACCUAGCGAGGUGGCGCAGUGGUAGCACACUGGACUCCAAUUCGGGAGGACGAUGGUUCAGUCCCGUCUCCAGCCAUCCUGAUUUAGGUUUUCCGUGAUUUCCCUAAAAUCGUUUCAGGCAAAUGUCGGGAUAGUUCCUUUGAAAGGGCACGGCCGAUUUCCUUCCCAAUCCUUCCCUAACCCGAGCUUGCGCUCCGUCUCUAAUGACCUCGUUGUCCACGAGACGUUAAACACUAACCUAACCUAACCUUGAGAUUUUCAGUUUAGCUGCAGGCUCCAUUCCCUAUUCUUCAAAUGGAGAAUUAAUGCCAGCCUUCACAAUAGUCAGCUGUAUUCGGGAUUUUCUAAAUAUAGGCUAUAGGACCUAUCCAACGCUUCGAGAGACUCCAACCUGUUUGCAGGAGUUUAAUUUUUCUUACUACCAGUCGAGCCGAAAAGAUCACAUUUCAAAUGUAAACGACAAUGUUAACACUGCAGAUUGUCACUGUGUUACUUUACAUAAGUCACCUGCAGAGGCCAUUAUUAUCUAUAUAUGGCUUAUCAGAUCCCAAUCGCUGUAAACGCAUGCCUCGUUAGCAUAAUGCGAACAGACAGAAACUAUAAUUUAUUGAUACGUGUUUGCGCCAAUUUAAAAACUAAUGACGACUCCAGUACCAUUAAUGAUGCCUUGUUAACACCUUUAUAUGAAAACAAAAGUAAAUAACCUAUUUUUAUAUCCUUUUACAGCAAAAAUUAUAGGAAAGUCUACUAACGCUACAAAAAUCCUUAAAAAAGAAAAGUCUUCCCGAAAAAAGUCCACUUUAACAGCUUUGCUCAGUGAUGUUCUCAUUGAACACAAAAACGCAGGCAAGACUUUGCUACUGUGUUAACGUCCAGCGCUGAUGUGAAGUUACGUUUGAAUCUCUUGUGUCACUACAGAAACUAUUCUCCAUGAAGAAUGUGUAACGUUUGCUCCUUUUUAUGAAUGGACGAAAUAAAAAUUGAACGAGUAUUAGCUUAGUUUUAGUUAUACAGCACCAACCGCUGAGUUUUAGUGCUUCAAGGAACUGAAAUAUCGAAUUCUUCAUCUUCUAGACAACGAAUUUUCUAAUGCGCAGUGCCAUAAAUAAUGUUUUGUGUUCGAUGUACAUGUGUAACACUAAUUAUAAGUCAUUUCUCAAUUAAGUAUGUAAUUCAUGAAGUAAGUUCGCUCUUCCUUAUUGUUUGCAUUUAAGUAACAAUGGAACUCAGCCAUAGAAUUCCAAAUUUACAUGUGCCAAAGUCUUUUUUCUUAAUUCUGGAUUGUCAGGCCUAAAAUUAAUGGAAGUAGAUGUCUUGAGAUGUAAUUGUACAGUAAAUAACUUAAACGGUCUUGGAAGGCUGUAUCAACUGCUAAUAGGGUAGAAAGUGCAUUCACGUGCCUUUACAAUUUACAGUAUCCAACAAUGAGUGUUGGUGAACUGCGCAUGUGUAUAAUUUUAGGCUGCCUGAGAGGAAUCAAUAAAAUAAUUAAUGGUUGAAAUAUGUAAUAUAAAGCGCUGUUUUAGAGAGAAAGAUUAAGUGGACAAACUUUUAGGUGUAACGAGAAGACAUUGAAGGUGAUAAUAUUUCUUAUUUGCAAAUGUACGAGUUGUUUUCUCCAUGAAAUACGACAAAUGAAAAUUAAUAUUUUACUUUACUUAAUUUCUCCUGUUGUAAAUUUGUGUGACAAAAUAUUUUGAAAUUAAUAAAAAAGCAUUAUAUGUAAA